AGAGCACAUCCGUAGUGUGUGCAUGCAUCACAGUCACACACACACAGCAGAAGAAGAAGAAACCGAACGAGGGUUUAGCUAGCAAAAUAAACAGAAGCAAGCAAGCUAGCUAGAGCUAAGGAUCGAGAUCGAGAUCGACCGACCGACGACGAUCAGCUAGCAUGGCGCGCUUCGUGGAUCCGCUGGUGGUGGGGCGGGUGAUCGGCGAGGUGGUGGACCUGUUCGUGCCUUCCAUCUCCAUGACCGUCGCCUAUGAUGGCCCCAAGGACAUCAGCAACGGCUGCCUCCUCAAGCCGUCCGCCACCGCCGCGCCGCCGCUCGUCCGCAUCUCCGGCCGCCGCAACGACCUCUACACGCUGAUCAUGACGGACCCCGAUGCGCCUAGCCCCAGCAACCCGACCAUGAGGGAGUACCUCCACUGGAUAGUGAUUAACAUACCAGGAGGAACAGAUGCUACUAAAGGUGAGGAGGUGGUGGAGUACAUGGGCCCGCGGCCGCCGGUGGGUAUCCACCGCUACGUGCUGGUGCUGUUCGAGCAGAAGACGCGCGUGCACGCGGAGGCCCCCGGCGACCGCGCCAACUUCAAGACGCGCGCGUUCGCGGCGGCGCACGAGCUCGGCCUCCCCACUGCCGUCGUCUACUUCAACGCGCAGAAGGAGCCCGCCAGCCGCCGCCGCUAGCUAGCAGCUCCUCUCUGAGGCAUGCCAGAUGCAUGCGUGUGCGUGCAGGUGCAACCACCGCACUGCCGGCGGCUACGUAUGACCGGUGAAUAAAAAGUUUUACUGCACCGUAAGCAUGCUCGCCCUGUUGCUAUUGGUAUAUGUUAGCAGUGUGGCAGUCUGUAUGUAGUAGCUAUUCGCUUGCAUCUAUGCACUCUAUGUUAGUAUGCGUACGUGUGGUU